ACUGUGUGUUUGGUGUAGGCUUACAUUGGCGUGAUGUUUUGAUAACAGUGUAAUUCUCUCUCGAACAAGAUAGGUUUUAUCAAUAAAGGGCUUUAUUACAGACAGAAAUACUCCUCAGCACCCACCUCUGCAGUUGUGAGGCUGGUUUGAUGUAAUGCCAAAAUCUCUAAAAAGACAUUGGAGGCAGCUUAUGGUAGAGAAAUGAACAUUACAUUCUAUGGUAACAGUUCUGGUGGAUGCAGUCAGCAUGCCAAUUGCAAACUCCCUCAAAACUUGAGACAUCUGUGGCAUUGUGAUGUGUGGCAAAGCUGCCUGUGUGACCUUUUAUUGUCCCCAGCACAAGGUGUACAUAUGUAAUGAUCAUGAUGUGGUAUUUCUCUGGUCCACGCGCAUGAGCAGGAUGAAUAGAGAAGUCUCUGACUGCAGUGUGCAGUUCCGGGCCGUGCUCAAUGUGGGCGGAGUCAAACGCGUUUAACCCGAACCCUUCCCGUCUCUUUCAAGAUCACCCAAGUUGAGGUAAAUGUUGAAGGCAUCAACGUCAGCAAAUAUUAAUCGAACCUAACCUACAUGGAUAUAAAUAUCAACCAUGGAAAAACAUUGCUCGGAUCUUGGACCUUGGAGAACUUUUGGUGUGGAUGAUCAGUAUGCUCUGUACAUUGCAGUGGAAGCACAGUGUGAUUUCACUGAGGAAAACAUGCAGCAAAUUAUGCGACGGUGGUGCCUUGUUCUGCAGAACUUUCCCAUGUCGUCUGAAGAAGAGAGGUUGAAAGAUUGAAAAAGGUGGUGGAAACAAAACACAUUACAGGUAGGUGUCAUAUGAUGAGUGGUAUAGUCUUAAACCAAUGUUUAACGUCUUAAACCCUCCCUCCAAUAUAUUUCAGGUUGAUGUAGAAGAUGUCCCCCCCCCCCCCCCCCCCCAAGCAUGUCACAUCAGCAUCCAGCUCUACAGGAUCAGAUGAUACUGAAAACAAAAUGCACGGACAACUGGGAGCUGUGAACUGGCUAUGUAGUCUACUGAAGCAGAUGCUCUUCUAAGGGGCACCCUAGAGGCAGCAAGGUGGUGCGAACUCAACAUAUAAAGGCAUUGUUUCCUUCCAUAGUGUAAUUGGGAUGGACGGGGAAGACCGCAUUACAACCCUUAAAGAACUACGGUUGUAUGAUGGCCAGGAUGAAGAGGAAAAUAUUCUCCUCAAGGAACCAUUCAUGUUACAGAGAGAUUAUGAGAUGUUCUAUGUGGAGGCAGUUGACAACAAGAAAAUUACUGUCUUUGCCUCUUGAGGAGCAGGAGUGAAGCCAUUUUUGAGGAGUGGUCAAACCUUGUUUUUGUCUGCUGUUUUAAUUGUGUUAUGUGGUUUGGUAAAGAUGACGUAGAAGUCACCCGAGUCUCUGAUCUCUUUACUGGAGCUGGUAUAACUUAAUGUACAAAGCACAUUCAGCUUGUCUAUAUGGUAUAGUCUGUCUCCAUUCUCAUGAGGAAAGUAAAUAGCAUCCAGAUAGGUAGUGUGUGUGUGUGUGUGUGUUCAAUAAUAUAAUUACAAAGUUAUAACACUUAUCAACGCAAUUUUAACAGUAUAUGACAUACAUAACAAGUCUGUUCACUGCAACAAUAUCAGUAGCUUGUCUCAAAUAUAGCAUGAAGCAAAAAGUGUUACAACACAUCUGCUGGUACCACUUUAAAUAAUAUUUCUUAAGAUCUUUAAAAAUGAAUUACGUUUGUAUUGAACAUGUGCCUUGUGCAAACGUGUGUGUUUGUAUUCAGUGUGACUGCCAAACUUCAGAUGGACAAAAAAAGGUGGGUGGGGUCAAGCUUUUGACUCCGCCCGUAUGGAGCCGGGCCUCGAUUUGCACACUGCAGUCAGGGGUACUGGAGAAAUAUGCGCAGCUCGAAUGCUGCGUUCCAACCAAGUGGGAGAUGGUAUUUACCACAAACGACUGAGAAAAUACACGAUGCGCAUCCAACUCGUAAUUAAUAGUGGGGAAACUCGUAUAUCAUGUCACGUUCAAAACAACUGGGAACUCGGAAAUCUCUGACUUCCGACUUUAGUGAGUUCAAAACAACUGGGAACUCUGGGGGAAAAACGAGCUCCGGCUGGGAGAGAUCAAUUUGAACGGUCACCCUACUCGGGGAAAUCGGGCCUCUUUCUAACCUGAAAAUUGCUGCGUCAUCCUUCCGACUUCUCCCACAUGCUGACCUCAUGUCACCUACUAAGGAAAUUACCUCAAUAACAGCAUUUUCGGCAGUUAAAUGUAACAGCAAGACAUUCUAUAUACAUAAAAAGCAAUCUAUUAAUAGGGUUUUUGAACACUACCAGUUGUUUACAAGCACAAUAGACAUACUUUUAGUUAAUGGUUGACACAGCUUGUUGGCCAUCAGCCAAUCGGCGUUUCUCAACGCGUUCAAAGCAUAUGAAUGUAUUUACGACUUCACCACUGGUAAUUACUACCUUUCCUUUUGGUUAUGAAUGCAGCAUUAUUGCCUCUGACACAUGCGCUUGGACCAUUUGUGUGAAAACACUAGUGCUUUUUUUGUGGGCGUAACAUGGGCGGAUCCAAAAUGCAGUACAUUUUGGCUCUGUUCGAUUACUUUGAAGAUGUAUCCAACCUUUCUUCCUCGAGGUUUACAUCUUCAUAUAUAAUGUAAAUCAAUGGUGCACACACGAAUCUGUUUGAAAGCGGAAAGGUGAAAGGAAGGAUUCAACAUAUAUAUCUCGCAGGUCUGUGAUUGCUCCAAUUAAUGUAUGGUUUGCUCAAAAGGAAGGACAUUAAACGUUUGUCAUUGGAGCCUGCUGAAAGCUUCUUCACGCCUACUUUACAGAAACUCACCGUCUGCCUCUGAUUUGUGGUGAUCCAUGCAAGGUACACAAUGUCCACCUCUGAUCCAGUGGUUAGCGCUGCAGGUUCGGUGGUAUCGGACCCUCAACACUCUCAGAAACUUCUCAAGGCCCUUCGCUCAUUCUGGAUAGAACAAUGCUUCCAAGACGCAGUGUUAGUACUGGAAGGGGAAAAGAUUCCAGUCCAGAAAAACAUUUUGGCUGCGGCUAGUCCAUAUAUCAGAACAAAGCUGAACUACAACCCUCCAAAGGAAGAUGGAUCCAUGUACACCAUUGAGCUCCAGGGAAUCUCUGUCACUAUCAUGAAGCAGAUAUUGGACUACAUCUUUAGUGGGGAGAUCAGUCUGAGUGAGGACACCAUUCAGGACAUGGUCCAGGCCGCUGACCUGCUGCUCUUGACAGACCUGAAGUCCCUGUGCUGCCAGUUCCUGGAGAGCUGCAUUGCUGCAGAGAACUGCAUUGGGAUCCGGCUUUUCUCUCUACAUUACUGCCUUCACCAUGUUCACCAUGCUGCCACAGACUUCCUUCAGACACAUUUCUGUGAUGUGGCCGUCACGGAGGAGUUUAGGGAGUUACCUCCAGACCGGCUGUGCGAGAUCCUGUCGAUGGACAAGCUCAACGUGGGCAAUGAGAAACAUGUCCUGGAGGCUGUGGUGCGCUGGCUUGACCAUGACCUGGAGGAACGGAGGGUACACAUGAAAGAGGUGAUGUCAUCGGUGUGGAUCCAGGGGCUGGACCAGGGUUACCUGAGGGAGCAGAUGUUAGGAGAGCCCUUGAUGAGGGAGGUGAUCCGGGAGUACUGCAACGCUCCACUGGGGGGCGCAACACUGCAGGGCGAGGCUCUUUUAGCCGCCUUCAAACCUCGUGGCUACUCUGAGUGCAUUGUCACUGUAGGGGGGGAGGAGAGAGUAACGAGGAAGCCGUCAGCCAUGAUACGCUGCAUGUGUCCACUCUAUGACCCAAACCGCCAGCUGUGGAUCGAGCUGGAACCGAUGAGCAUUGGGCGAAUAGGGCAUGGGGUGCUGGCAGCAGAGGGCCAUCUCUUUGUGAUGGGUGGCAUGGAUGAAACCAAGACAGUCCUGAGCAGUGGAGAGAAAUAUGACCCAAACACAAACACUUGGACCCCCAUUCCUUCCAUGAAACAGGCGAGGCAGAACUUUGGUGUUGCUGAGCUGGAUGGGAUGAUCUAUGUGUUGGGAGGAGAGGAAGAGGACAUGGAGCUCCUGACUGUGGAGGUGUUCGACCCUCACUAUAACACCUGGACAACCCAAACCAGCAUGACCAUGGUCCGCAAGGUUGGCUGCUAUGCCACCAUGAAAAAGAAGAUCUAUGCCAUGGGUGGUGGGUCAUAUGGAAAGCUGUACGACUCAGUAGAAUCUUAUGAUCCAAAGACCCAGCAGUGGACUGCAAUCUGCCCUUUGAAAGAGAGAAGGUUUGGCUCAGUGGCGUGUGGUGUGGGUCAGGAGCUCUAUGUGUUUGGAGGCGUGAGGAGCCGUGACUCAGACAACCCAGAAUCCAGCACCAUGACCACCUGCAAGUCCGAGUUUUUCCAUGAUGAGAUGAAAAGAUGGAUAUACCUGGAUGACCAGAAUCUCUGUGUUCAGACCAGUUCCUCCUUUGUAUAUGGAGCUGUCCCCAUUGGAGUCAGCAUUUAUGUGGUGGGAGACCUAGACACUGGUACAACCUAUGACUAUGUGAGGGAAUUCCGUCGUAGCUCGGGGACGUGGCACCGCACCAAGCCCAUGCUGACAUCUGAUCUGUGCAAGACGGGCUGUGCAGCCCUGCGCAUCGCUAACUGCAAACUGUUCCGUCUGCAGCUGAAGCAGGGCCUGUUUAGACACAGGGUCCCAUCGUCAUAGAAAGCACCUAAAGGAGUGGCAUUGUCUCCACAUCUUUUGGCUAUGGGCACAGCAAUGGGACAUAAGAAUGGAGGUUGAAGAAGGGACCCUCCAAUGGGGAUGUUUGGAGUAUUUAUCUGCAUAUUUUGCUGACUUUAUUAGGGUUCAUGAGGGUAUUAUUGUAUGUGCGAUCUUGCUUGAAGAGGGAUCACUUUUUAAACAUGGCCUUAUUUCAUUGCAAUUUAACAGUGGGAAUGAUUUGUAAAAACAUUUUACUGACAUUCCCCAUUUGCUUUUUAUGUUUACUACAUUUUUGCUGCUGCUUGGUGGGUUUUAGAGAAUGUAACACUAUUUUUAAGGGGUGAAAAGGAAGAAUUACAUUUUAGCAGACACGCUUAUCCAGAGCCACUUACAGGAGCAAUUAGAUUAAAGUGCCUUGUUCAAGGGCACAUCUACAAAUGUUUCACCUAGUCGGCUCGGGAAUUUAAACCAGCAACCUUUCACUUAACCACUAGGCUCCCUGCCGCCUAGUAGUACUGUAAUUUGUCACCUAGCCUGUAAUUUUUAAGGAAAAUCUAGACCCAUGUCUAACACUGUA